CUGAAAUGGCGGAUCCGAUGGCCGAAUACCUCGCAACCGGAUCGUCCGCCCAUUCUUUAUUUGUUCUCGCAUUCAUUGCACACGGCACUCUAUAAUUACCCAUCGCAAAGAAAGAAGAGAACCAAUCCAGAUCAUAGCGAGAAGCGAGAGCGAAGCGAGAGAGAGAGAGACGAUGGUCCAAGGAACGCUGGAAGUGCUUCUCGUCGGUGCCAAGGGCCUCGAGAACACCGAUUUCCUCUGUAACAUGGAUCCAUAUGCUAUCCUAGUAUGUCGUACGCAGGAGCAGAAAAGUAGUGUUGCAUCAGGAAAGGGAAGUGAUCCUGAAUGGAAUGAGAGCUUUGUGUUCACCAUCUCUGACAAUGCCACAGAGCUCUGUAUCAAGCUGAUGGACAGUGAUGCUGGUAGUGGUGAUGAUUUUGUGGGAGAGGCAGAGAUCCCUUUAGAACCAGUAUUCGCUGAGGGUAGCCUUCCUCCAACUGUUUACAAUGUUGUCAAGGAUCAAGAAUAUCGUGGAGAAAUCAAAGUUGGCCUCACCUUCACUCCACAGGAAAAUCGCCAACAAGGCUUUGCUGAAGAGAACUUUGGUGGAUGGAGGGCAUCUAACUAAGAUGGGAGAAACCUCUGAAAUCCAUUUUUUGCUACAGGAAUUUUAGCUAACUAGGUGCUAUGGAUGCUUUUCGAUCCGACCUUCUUAAUUCCACUUUGACAAGCUAUUGUUUCAGAGUGAAGUUAACGUUUCAUGUUCCUAGAUUUACGAGUUCUAUUAACUUCUAUAUCAUUCAACUUACUUUGGGCCUGUCUUGUAUUGCUUUUUAUUUUCUGUUUUUCAUUUUUCAAAAUCUAAUAAGUACAUUGAACUAGACUGAACUGAUGUAUGUGAUGAAACCUUUUUCGAGGAAAACGAUGAAGCCCUUUCUUUUUUAAA